CAAACUGGCUUAUGAAUAUUCAUGAACGUGGACGUCGUUGCUAUAGAGCUCCUCUGAGGGUAAUGGGAUUAACCAACUCCAUGUUGUUUUUCUGAUGGUGCCUGCCGAUAUUGGAACAUCUGGUUCUUGCAAGAAAAUUGUUGAUCAAAUUUCAGGCCAAUAGAGUCAACAAUUUAUUAAUCAAGCAAAAUAUAGGUGGAGACUUAGAAUUGUGUGUUGUGGAGUUUUGAGCCUGUGUAAACUGGCAAACAUAUGAAGGAUGGUACGUUGGAUUAACACAUGAUUGCGGAUGUUUUGGAGAGCGUCUUCGUCAAAGGAGAACUUUCAUUCGGAGUUGUCGCAGGACAAAUUGAACAUUUUGAACACUACACCCCUGGUACUUUCUGAACAACUAUAGAGUGAAGAAAGGCUUUGCAAAGGUGAACAGUUUUUAAAAUCUUUGAGGAUCGUAAAGUCGAGGAGUCAUGGAGUACGUUGACCCAGCUCUGGAGAGAGAGGAACAAUUGAAGUUGCUUCAGUCUUACAUCGGGGAAGCAGAGGAUCACAUGAGGAAGAGGGACUACCAACGAGCCUUGGAGAGCUAUAAUCUUGCUCUGGAAAUUGAACCAUCCGACAAGAAUUGCCUGGUAGCCCGCUCCAAAUGCCAUCUACAGCUUGGUGAUUCCAAGGCAGCGCUGGAGGACGCCAACUCCUCACUCAGCGAAGAUGAUAAAUACAUCAAGGGAUUGCUCCAGAAGGCCGAAGCCCUGUAUCAGAUGGGCAACUUUGAGUCAGCACUCAUGUACUAUCACCGCGGCAACAAGCUGAGACCAGAGCUGCAAGAUUUCCGUCUUGGCAUCCAGAAGGCGCAGGAAGCUAUCGAGAACUCAGUCGGAAGUCCAUCAGUUGUAACGCUGGAAGCUAUUGGAGAUUUAUCACACUUUCACAAACAAGAUGAGAGUAAGACAAAGAAAGCACCACGGAUGGGCUACAGCAAGCCAGCCACCAAACAGCAAGACGACAAGAAGAAAAGACGGCAGCCCAAGGCAGAGAAAUCAGACAAGGAAAAAGAGACAACAAAACAGCUGCUCGGAGAGCUGUACGCUGACAAGAUCUUCCUGGAUAAACUGCUCAAAGAUGAAGAUCUGACGAGUAUGGACACAGACAGCGGCAACCGUAUCUACGACCUCGUCAACCAGGGCAUCGACUACCUGGACACGCGGACGGAGUUCUGGCGACAGCAGAAGCCCAUGUACGCCCGCAAGCGAGAGAAAGAUAUGGCCAAAGGACAGCGGGAUAAGAACAAGUCCAAGCCGUCCGAUCCGGCCAAGUAUGUGCUCAAGAAUCUGGAGGAGAUUGAUGCAGCUCUAGCUGACGGCAGGCCCAAGGAAGCUCUCAAGCAAGCCCAGAAGGUCUUGAAGACAGUCGAGAAGUGGCGAGACGAGGAUGUUCCCGACAAGCAGGAGUUCCUGUCCAAUCUACACAGCUCCCUGGGCAACGCUCACCUGGAUAUGGGCAAGAUGGGCGAGGCUUUGGAGCAUCAUCGCAUUGAUCUGCAGAUCUCUAAAGAAAAUGACUUUGAAGACGGUAAAUCCCGAGCUCUGGACAACCUGGGCCGCGUCUACGCCCGAGUUGGCAAAUUCGACCAGGCCAUCGAACAUUGGAAGGAGAAACUCCCCUUAGUGAAGUCCACCCUGGAAGCGACGUGGCUCUACCACGAGAUCGGCCGCUGUCACUUGGAGCUCGGGAACCACUCCGAGGCUCAUGAUUUCGGCGAGAAGAGCUUGCAAGCUGCGCAGGACGCGGGAGAUGACGUCUGGCAGCUGAAUGCUAGCGUGCUUAUCGCUCAAUCCGAAGUCAAGCUCGGGGACCUCCAAGACGCCAUCGAGUCCUUCGAGCGUGCCCACGAGAUGGCCACGGUCCAAGGCGACGAGCCGGCCCAGCGAGCCAUCUCCAAAGCCCUGGAGGAACUGAAUCAGAAGAUAGUCCAGGGGAUCCGAGAUGGAGACAACAGGCGAGCCGACGAUGAGGAGGAGGGUCGGGGGAAAGAGGAGCAGAAGGAGCAGAGCAAGGAGGAGAAGGAACCAGAGAAAGUGGAGAAGGAGCCAGAGGAGGAGGCACAACAGGAGACAAAAGAGGACGAUUAUGAGGACCAGUUUGAGGAAGAUGAAGACCAGAAGAGUCAAGGAAGGCAAAGUGUGCAAGAGGUGCCACAGGAAACACAGGCAGAACAGCAGGAGGAACAGCAACCACCUGAACAGCAGCAGGAGCCAGCUGUUGUCGAAGAAACAGGUCAAGACAAAAAGUCAGCAUCAUCAUCUAGCGCGUCUAGCGUGUCCAGUGAGAAGCAUGAGGAUGCACCAGCGGAAGACAUUCCCACUGAGAUAGAUGCUCAGGAAGGCACUGCCACUGAGACUGACGCCAAAGAAGGCCCUGUCGCUGAGACGGUCCCGGAACAGGAAAUUGAGGAUGUAACAAAAGACAGUGAUUCUGAGAAGGAAAGCGAUCAAGCGAAGGAAGUGGAGGACGAAGUCACGGGAGGAGACAAGGACGUCCCAGAGGAAUCCAAGAAGGAGCGACGCGGCUCUGGAUCAUCCUCAGAUUCAUCCAAAUCAUCCAAAUCAUCCAAGUCAUCCAAGUCAUCCAAAUCGUCCAAAUCAUCCAAAUCUAGUAAGAGUGAUUAAAUUGAUCAUCCAUCCUCAAAUCUGUCACGAUCUGUACUAUAAAGUAUUUGUCUUAUGGAGUGUCACUGUAUUUAAUGCUUACAGUGUGUACAUAGCCCUUUUUUUGUAAGUUUUAAGAAUGAAUUUCGAAUGAGAUCAUGUAUUUUGGUUUUGCCAUUCCUCCAAAUUCCUUUUGGGCUUCGUCUUCUUUCUUUAUCAGCAUUGCCUGCACAUUGCUGAUUCUGUGGUUAUUUAACUAUUUAGUAAAUAUUGACGUUUUCCGUUUUGCAUAAUGCAGAUUAAAGCAGUACCGUAUGCCUCAAUUUCACGCAACGAAAUUGAGGCUUCAGUUUUUGUCAACAGCGGCAAAAACUUAUCAGUUUUCACAGCUCUGUGACUUUUGGCUUGUUACAUCAGAAAGCACUGUAGUGACACAGUGAAACAUUUCUUCAGCAGCCAAUGAAUGUAUUAGAUAUAGAGUGUGUUAUACAUUGUAGAUGGUAAAAGUUAACUUUUCUUGAAGUUAUCCGUGUUAUGUGAAAACUCAAAUAUUCCAAUAAUUAGUGUAACCAGUUAACGUGGUUACCGGCUCUAUUGUGUUGCUCCAUCAUAUAUUCAAAGCCUACUUGUUAUAUUAUUAUACAUGUAGUACAUGUAUACCAUUUACAUUUUGAAACGAACAUGAAAUGUUGCAACAUGGGUCAAUUAAAUAUAGUUACACUUGCUAAGGAUCUUAUGAUAAUUUAUUCCAAAUAAUUGCUUCCAAUCCAAAAAGUACACUAUUUUUCAGACAGUUCUUGCGUGAAAAAUUUCUUUAAUUUUGCAUAGCACAGAGAUUCCAGUGGAAAUACAACAGAAUGACGUCCAUGUCCAUGUAUAUAUGCUCUUAAAAACAGCUGUAAAAAAAAUGGUUUAGUUAUAAAUUAUGUUCCUUGCAGUUACAAAAGGAUUGUUUAAUAGCUCUUCAACACUGAUUGAGAUUUGUAGAGUAAUUGGUUACAUGUACAGAAUAUCAUUCAUUUUUCAAAUGCUUGAUAAGUACAUGAAAAUCGAGUACAAAAUGCCGCUUUAUUAAAACCAAUUCAACAUGUGUUCAAAUAUGAAGGCGAUAAAAUUUGUUUCACAUAUAUGCAGACUCUGCAUAUUAUGUUUCAUAAUUGAAGGUAAUGGUUUCUUGCACAUUAGGAAUUUAAAUACAAUGAAAGUUUGGGUUUUGGGUUUUGUAAAAUAUUACCAGUGUUUUAAGUAACUAAAAUUACUUCCCAUGAUACCGUCCACUAGUGUAUAAUAAUACAUGUAUAAACCAUUUGUACUGAAAGGUGUGCAGUCGGUUCAUUUUUCAGAAUAAAAUAUUCUUUUUCCGUGUA